UGAGUUUCACUACAGAAUCUGAAAUUCCAGAGAAUGGGGUUGAAGAAGGGAGAAAUUCUUCACAUCCCAGACAAAAUUCCACUAAAACCCAGUGAACAACCAACGAUUGAUGUAUUUGCAUCAGUUAUAGAGCCGAAACUUACCAAUACUCUGGUAAAGAAGUUGAGUAAAAUUGCACCAAUGGAGAAUUACAGACACAUUAAGAGAGUUUGGAAGAAGAAAUCUGUGGGAGAAGGAGGAGGAGGGGAUUUCCAGUUGAUACUGAUUUUAUGCAUUGCUGGUGAGAAUGGUGGGAAUGAGUUGCUGCCAGAUGAUGUUGCCGAGUUGGUAAAUGCACACCAGUUGAGUCCUUUUAUUGCAAAAGUUCAUAAGUACGCCGCAAUAACAAAAGAAGAGUGGAUCGAGCAGUGCAAACUUUGGCCAACAUCUUAUCAUCCACCAACUUACAACAUUGAGGGCAUCACAGGGUUCAAUGAAGAGGAUUCAGAAUCAGUAUUCCAUUUCAUGAAGAUGGCUCUUGAGAUGACGGUAGUGGGUGGUCAGGGAGUAGUCAAUGCAGCAGUUAUAGUAGAUCCUUCAAUUAAGCAGGUGAUUGCUACUGCAAAUGAUCAAACAUGUCAGGCAUUUAGUGCAUCAGCUCUGGAUGCUAGGAAUCAAGAAUCAUAUGCUGGAGUUUCUUGUUUGUAUCCAUGGAAUUGGGCUGAGCAAAACUCUGCUGCAGCUGGAAGCAAAGAUUGCUCCUGGCAUCCUCUGCGACACGCGGCUCUUGUCGCCAUUGAACAGGCAUCCUCCAGGGAUAAGCGUCUAUAUCCUGGGUCGGAGGGUUUUGAAGAUCGAUCUGUUGAUCAAGUGGAUGGUACAAUGCCGAAAAGACAGAAAGUUGAUUUUGUGGAAGAUGGGAAGGUUCUGAAACCAGCUUGCUCUAAUGGUGGUUCUGAUGAAGGGGGUGAACGGCCUUAUCUGUGCACUGGGUAUGACAUUUUUGUUGCUUGGGAGCCUUGUGCAAUGUGUGCAAUGGCACUUGUUCAUCAAAGAAUUCGGCGCAUAUUUUAUGCUUUUCCGAAUCCUAACUGCGGUGCACUAGGCAGUGUUUACAGACUACAAGGGGAGAAAAGCUUGAAUCAUCACUAUGCAGUUUUUCGAGUUCUAUUACCCAAGGAGGAAUCCUCGGAUUCUAAAAUUGUAACAAAUUUUAAGAUACAGUAUUAACAAUGAAUGAUGGAAAAGCCGGAGUUUCUCGGUUUUCCCACAACAAACUCUAGCUAGUUGCUUUUUUACUUAUUGUUUCUGCAACAACAAAACUGCAUGGUCACACAUUUGUCAUCCAGCACUUCCUGCAAAUCCCCUUAGUCUUUGCAAAACAAUGCAGCAUUUGAUCUUGCAGAUGUAAGAACACAAGGG